AUGGAUGAGCUUGUCGAGAUGGAUGAGCUUGUCGAGAUGGAUGAGCUUGUCGAGAUGGAUGAGCUUGUCGAGAUGGAUGAGCUUGUUGGGAUAGAUGAGCUUGUGGGUAUAGAUGAGCUUGUCAACGUGGACGAGCCAAGAGACGUAGACGACGAGCUUGAUGAUGAUGAUGAUGAUGAUGCAGAAGACGAUGCUGACGAGGUGAAAAUUGAGCUUGACGACGUAGAUGAUGAGCUAGUCGUCGUUGAUGUCGGCGUUGACGUGCUUGUCAAGGUAGAUGAUCCUGUCGAGGUAGUCGACCUCGUCGACGAAGUCGAGCUUGUCGCUGCUGAGGACGAAGCCGACGAUCGACUACUAGAAGUAGACGUAGAUCUGCUGCCAGUCGAAGAAGACAAUGAUUUGAUUGUCGAUGUACUGGGACGACUCAAGGACGUGCUUAUGCUACUGCUCGAUUUUGUUGACGAAGGGGUGACUGAGAUCCUUGAGGAAGAAGAAGAUCUGGAAUUGGACUUUGACGAGGACGAAGAAGGGCUCUUGGUGCUAGUUCUGGAGGAGGAGGUGGUGGUGGUGGUGGAGGACCUCUUGCUACUGGAUUUUGCAGAUGAAGAAGACGACGCUUUGCUACUUGACUUCGUGGGGGAAGUCGAUGACAUUAAGCUACUUGAUCUGGUCGAAGAGGAGCUGGUGACAGAUUUCUUUGAAGAUGAAGAGGAUUUGGCAACAGACUUGGACGUCGACGAGGUGAUUCUUUGUGUAGAAGAAGUCUGUGAGCUCAACGGCGCGUCAAGGUAA